UCCAUCUAGCUCGCAGCUCUCGCUCUCGCUCUCUCGAUCGAUCGUUCGACGUGAUCAGAUCAUCGUCAUCAUCGUCCGUCGCCGGCAUGGCAGCUCUGGCGUCGCCGACCUCGCCGUCGUCCUGCUUCCUCCCGCCGCACCUCCUGCUCCACGCGUCGACGCCUUCCGGCCUGCAGCAGGGCGAGAGGGGCCUGCCGCUCGUGCUGCUGAGGGACGGCACUCCGGCGACGGGCCGAGGCCCGCAGCACAACGCCAUCCUCCCCGGGCGGAAGGUGGCCACGGCGGCGCCGGCGGACGACACUCCGACGCAAGGGUCAGGCCCCCACACCAAUGCCGUCCUCGAGGUCAGGCCCAGGGGAGGAGGGGAGCUCCGGCUGUCCGACCCGCCGGUGCAAGGCGACGGCCCCAAGAUCAACGCCGUCCUCGAGAUCAAGCCCCGGGGAGGAGCGCCCAGACGGCCCACGCCGCCCGGCGGCGCCGGACCUAAGGAAGGCACCGGAGGCCGCGGCGGAGCCAUCCACGCCGUCGCCCGCUCCACGCCGCAGAGGCCAGGCUCGCCGGCGGAGGGCGCCGGCGGCAAUGGCGGAGCUGUUCAUGCUGCCCCAGCUGCUUCCUCUUCUUGAGCACAACUAAUUAAACUAAUCCUAAUUAAUCAAAAAGGUCAAUUAAAUACGACAAAAAUUAAACUUAGAUGUGAUACUGUAUAUUUACAAUUUUAGAUCUGUUGAAGUAAAUUCAUAUAUUUAUAAUUUUGUAAGAUUUUUGUCAGUAUAGGACUGUAGUACUAGUAGGACAUGUACAUGUGUGAAUUGAGGUUCAGAUAAAAAACGUGUCUGAAUUUCUGUUGGAAUUCGACGGAAUAAAG